AUGGCUUCGUUAUCACCCCUGGAGUCAAGAAGAAACAUGCAAUUGUCCCCUUAUGCUUCCCCGCGGCGCAACCCAAUGGCAACACUCCACACGCGUGAAGCCCCUUUGGAGGGCCGUGAGGCAGAGGCUGCGUUGAUAUCUGCCACGCUCGCAAAUGCUCAGCUGCGCGCAUCACAGGCCGCCGUAGAGCAGCGCUCGGAAGAGGUGGAUGAUCUCCGAGAGGCCCGAGAUGCCCUGGAGAGGGAAAUGGCGGAAAAGGACGAGGAGAGCCAGGCAGCAGCAACAUACUUUGAAAAGCAAAUGACUUUGGUGAAGGAGGUGAACCGCAAACUCAAGGAAGAAUUGGUUAACGAGCGUGCGACGGCUGAACUGCGUAUGGAAGAGGUUGUGGGCAAAAUGCAGGAGGAACUUCAAGAGCGUGAUAGCCUUAUAGCAACUUUGAAACAGCGCCUUGAGGAUGUUGAGAGUGACCUCAGAAGCGUUAUCGAGUUCAGGGACGCGCGCGAUGCGCACGAAAAGGAAAUUAAAGAACUUCGUGUAGUUUACGCAGAAGAGUGUGAAAACCAUCAGCGCAAUGAGCGAGAGAUGCGGCUUCAGUGCAUGGAAGAGCGUGUGAGGCUUCGGGAAAAGGAGGAAAAGUAUGAGCGAGAGCGGGAAGAAGAGGUUGCACGUUUAGCGCGUAGUUACCUUAGCAAAAAGACGCGUGCUAUAGAAGAACAGAACAAAAGCCUCGAGACACACAUCUCCUUUCUUUCCAGUGACGCAGAUGCUGCGCGAAAUGAAGCAGAGACUUUGCAAAAGACUAACAACGGGCUAAGGCGAGAUGCCGAACUAGCAUCUUCGGUGGAGACAAUGCACGCAGUUCAUCACGCGAAGCAGAGGAACGAGAUUGCCCUCCUCAGAGAUCAAGUGAGAACCACCGAAGACAACUUAAAUAGUUCAUUGGAAGAGUAUGAGAAGCGAUUGCAGAAACAGGAGAAGAUCCAUGCGGCUGAGAUGAUGAAACUCUCAAGUGAGCGUGACAAGUGGCGGUCAACCGCAGAGAAUCUGCGUGCUGACUUGCUAAAGAUGCGUUCAAUUUCAGAAAAGUUAAUCGAACAACGUUCCGACAUGGAAACGUUCUUUCACCAGGCCCUGGAACAGGUUCGCCAGGAGGUGUCAGAGGAACGACGGAACGCUCCGCACAAAAUUUGUUUCCGCAAGCCUCCCAAAGGGAUCCCGUCUGAUUUGCUGCAGCUUACGCGGGGCAGGGAGCCGCUCAUGAUCGGUGACCGCAGCCAUGUGAUGCCGACAUCGCAUUCCACACUUACGAAAAAGGUGGUCGAUGCCAACGUGUCGUGCACAAACAGCAGCGUAGUUUCUCGUAGUGCCGACACGGGGGGCGGGUCACUUCCAUUAAUCACAAUGUCGGGAUCUCCGUUCUUUUCUCCAGCAAAUGUGCUUGUGCCACCAAUAGAAUGGCGCAGCACCAGUCGUGAAAUGCAGGCGACGAACGGCGGUAGACUCGUUGAGGAGCGUCCAUUGGGAAUCAGCGACCUCCUGAGUGUUCCAACUGCGCCGAAGAUAAAGGACCUCCAUACAGUUGAUAUAUCGCAACUAAGUUGGUCCGAUAAGGAGCGCGUAUUGCAAUUGUUGUUCAAGCACAUGAAGAGGGGGGCCACUGCAAAAAAAACGGAAAAGCGGGUCCCCACGCAUGACACGAAUUUUUUGUCGAUCACUCCAUCUGCGACCCCUGAAGUAAACACAUUUCUCACGGAUUAA